GCCAUGCAGCCGUCUACCAGGCCUGAGCUGCCUCUGCCCAAAUACUGCAGUGUGGCAAGAAUCCCGAAAGCCCCUGACCCGGAUGGUGCUGCAUCACCCUCGGACCUCUCCUUCACCUGUCUCUUUGCCAGGCAAGCACCUUGGCUACCCACGAACUGCACACUCACCAGGUGUGCCUCUUGUCACCCUUGUUCCCACACUGCUGAUACACCAUAUCAAGGGCUUAGAUGGCUGGGAAGAGUCGGAGAUGCUGCUGGCCCCUGGGUCCUGGCCAGGAGGGAACCAGAUGGCUUUUAUUAUCUGGCUCAGAUAAAGGCUGCUCCAGAGCUGGAGAGGCGGGGGGCCCUGGUUGUGGAAUUUGAGGCUCCCCUUGUCACAGGCCUAAAGCUGCCAGCCCAGCAACGGAGAGUGGUAUUUCCAGAAGAUGUCAUUCAGUUCUCACCAUCUGUGCCACACUCACUGCAACCCGGUGACAAGGUGCUGGCACCUUGGGAAUCAGAGCAACAACAGUUUGGGCCUGGCAUUGUUCUCUCGGGCUUGAAGAGACAAAAAGGCCAAAGAGCAUCUAAAGAAGAAGUCACUGUUCACUUCUGGAAUGGCAAGACGACUAAGGUUCCUCUAGACAGGGUCAGGUUAGUGUCCCUCACUGUCUGGAAGAAGGCUGUGGGGAGACUACAAACACCUCACAUCAGGGACUACCACAGUCCUUUUAUUUGGGUACCUCACUGCUCUCCUCUGGGACCUAAGACUGGAUGCGUCAGACACAGACCCUCUCUGGACUCUUCCUUCUUAUGCCCUCCAGGCCUCUCUUGUGCCCACUGCCAGUUUCCGGAUCAGAGCUGUUUCUGUGGCUGCCCUUUGGUGGGGCCUACCUGGUGGUCUCUAACUAGGACCUCAGAGGUUACAACCAGAAAACUCCCAGAGCCAGAGCCGAAGCCCACAGCUCAGCUUCUGCCCCUACAAGGUCCUAAAGAGGAGGCAAGAGCAGCAUUUAGCUACAAUAUGUCCUACUCCUCUGAGGAAGAGAAUUCAGAGAGUCAUCUGGAGAUGGAACUUCCCCAGAGGCAGAUGGUAAGCAGGGCAGUCAACACCGACCCCACCGUUUCUGAGAAGCCUUUGCAGCAGUACGGCCCCUGUCGGCCUGAGUGGAGGUACUGGAGGCGAAAUGGGCCUGAACCACCCCCUGGAAAACAAGGUAUGUUAUACCAAGGGUAUGGCCCUAGCUUCCCAGGCAGGGCCUAGGGGCUGCAUGGGUCUCCUGGGAAUCUGGCACACUCUGGUGGGCUUGAAAGUAACGUAUGGAAUGCAGGCUGUGGGGGAGACUGGCAGAUGAGGGAAGUGGUAGCUCCCAUGUGAACAGGAGAGGCCGGAUGGCUUGAUCUUUGUGCUCUGAUUGGUGCCUAUA